GCCAUUCUCAUUUCUAUACCUCCAAGAUGUCUUCCGUCGGCCGUCUUCUCCACAACGCCUUUUCCCCGGCCUCACAAUCUGCCUCCUCUGUCUCAGCUCUAUUUAGAGAAAGUAACCUGGAGAGCCUCGUCCAAAGGUUCAAAAAAUUAUGUGAACACCAGAAAUAUCGCGGUAAGGUCGACAUCUAUGAGCACACGGUCCGCCACCUCGCAUCUGCAGGACGUUUCGAUUUGGUAGAAGAAGUUAUUGAAGACCAAAGGAAGUACAUAUGCGUCUCUAAAGAAGGGUUUGCGGCGAGACUGAUUAGGUUGUGUGGUAAGUCUGGCAUGUUCGAUCACGCCCAGAAGGUGUUCGAUGAAAUGCCGAUUAAAGGUGUGUUGUCAUUCAAUGCCCUUAUGGGUGCCUGUGUAAACUCAAACAAGUUCGAUGAAGUUAAUAGGCUUUUUAAGGAGUUGCCAGAGAAGUUGUCCAUUAAACCGGAUAGAAUCUCGUACAACACGGUCAUUAAGGCAUUCUGUGAGAUGGGCUCUUUUGAUUCGGCGAGUUUAAUGCUAGAUGAGAUGGAAAAGAAGGGUAUGUAGCCGGAUGAAUUUACGUUUAAUACGCUUUUAGAAUGGUAAGUUUGUUGAUGGGGAGAAGAUAUGGAACAUAAUGUUGCAGAAGAAUGUGACUCCUACUAUUAGAAGUUACAAUGCAAAAUUGCAUGGAUUGGUUUCACAAAAGAGAACAGGGGAGGCAGUUAAGCUGGUUGGGGAAAUAAGAAGUAAAGGAUUUAUGCCUGACGUGUUUAGUUUCAAUGCUUUGUUUGAAGGUUUUAUCAGUGAAGGUAAUCUGGAGGAAGCUAGGCGGUGGUAUGAUGAAAUGAAGAAAAAUGGUUGUGCACCAGAUAAAGUGACAUUUGAACUGCUAGUUCCAUUUGUUUCUGGGAAGGGUGAUGUAGAUUUUGCCUUUGAGCAGUGUGAAAAGAUUUUUGGCACAAGGUUUAGCAAAAAGUUCUGUUUUGAUGAGUCAUUGUUGCGGAAGGUGGUAGAUGAACUUGUUGCAUGCUCCAAGAUUGAGGAGGCAAAGAAGCUAGCGCAGCUUGGGAAGGCAAAUAAAUACCAUGAUUAUAGGCUGAAAUUGCCUUCAAAAUAGCAGUGCUAUAUAGCUUUAGUAAUUGGCAUUGCCAUUCCAGUUUGAGUUUGGGUAGUUUAUUUUAUAAUUGCUUUUUGUUUAGUCAGCAUGAAUGUUUAUUGGCUACUAGUUUCAUCAUACAUUCCUUAUCAUCUUUGGUUUUCCCCUCUUUUCUCACUGACAAUGGUGAUCACUUCUAAUCUUGACAGCAAUGUGUAUUAGAGCUCAUGCCUUUCGAUUUGUGCUUUCACGUUCUGCUUACCAUUUCUCAUGUUUGUCUUGGACUCUUGGUGUGCAUGGUUUUGUAUCCCUGACAAUGAAGGUUUUUAGCUUAU